AUGAAGACAAAAAAAGGUAAAGGUGUAGGGAAGAAAACAAAAAAGGAAAACCUAAGUGAUGGAUACGACAAAAAAAAUGAAACGAUUGAAAUUAAAAAUUUAAAUGAUGCCAAUGAGGUAAACGAAAACAAGGAAAUGAAAGGUGAAGAAUGUAGUGAUGGAAAAGAUAAUUUAAAUAAAGAUAGAAAUAAACCAAAGAUAUUACAAAACCUUUUAGUAGUGACCUGUGAUUCAUGCCAUCGUUUAGCAGUUAAACAUAAGUCCUUAUUAUGUAGCUCUUGUCAGAAAUCAUACCAUCCUCAGUGCAUUCCUAAUAAACACCAGGAACACAUUCCGGAUCAAGAUGAGCUUUCUGAUUUUAUAUGCCAUAAAUGUUAUUUGUUACACGAUGAUUCUGAGUUGUCUGAGGAUGAGAGUACUCAAGAGGAUAUAGGUAUAUUUUAA